AUAUAUUUUUACCCAAAUGUUUAUUGUGAUCUUUUUUACCCGCCCGCACAGUAGGUGGCGGAAUGCACAUGUAGUUGUUGCCAACGCCAUUAUACCAUAGAAGAAGAAUAUAACCCGCUGAGCGGUCGACGCAUGCGCUGGAGCUACGCUCUCAUUCGUCACUAUUUGAAAGUUGGCGGUCGCGUACACGGUGCACACAAAUGUCUGCUGUGAAUUUGAGUUAAUUAACACAAAUCUAGUAGAUAUUGUACAUGUUUUAUAUGCGGAAGGGUAUAGCUGUCAAGAGAGGCAACAAAGCAGAUCAACCAAACACACGUAAUCGUAGGCUUGUUAGCUACCGGUAGCUAGCUAGUUAGCUUCUAGUCAUACACAUUUAGCUACCGGUAGCUAGCUCGUUAGCUUCUAGUCAUACACAUUUAGCUACCGGUAGCUAGCUAGUUAGCUUCUAGUCAUACACAUUUAGCUACCGGUAGCUAGUUAGCUUCUAGUCAUACACAUUUAGCUACCGGUAGCUAGCUAGUUAGCUUCUAGUCAUACACAUUUAGCUACCGGUAGCUAGCUAGUUAGCUUCUAGUCAAACACAUUUAGCUACCGGUAGCUAGUUAGCUUCUAGUCAUACACAUUUAGCUACCGGUAGCUAGCUAGUUAGCUUCGAGUCAUACACAUUUAGCUACCGGUAGCUAGCUAGUUAGCUUCGAGUCAUACACAUUUAGUCAUACACAUUUAGCUAAGUUACUUAUUUCUGGAGAAGCAGCCGGCUAAUGUCAGGGAGAAGGGCUCUGGUGGACUGUGUCGUCCUGUCUCUUCAGGACUCGUGUGUGUUAUACCCAUGUUGUACAGGAUGCUUCUCCAGGAUGCAACAGACGGACACGACCAAAUGGCACUGCUCCAGGUCCUGCUCCAGCUGUCUGGAACCACACCUGGACUACAGGUACCGCCUGUCUCUCAGGGUAACCAGAGACAACACCAUAUUUGGGGUGACUGUGUUCGGGAGCUGUCUCAACCCCCUCUUCGGAGCCCCUGCCGCCGACCUUCACAGGCUGGUGGAGGAGUCUUCGGGUCCAAUGGGAGGUGAAGGUCAUAGGUCAGGAUGUCACAGCAGGCUGCUGGUUAAGGCUGUAGAGGACUGCUUCAUUGGAAGACAUUUUGUUUUUGGGAUCAAGAUAUCUGGCCUCCACCCUUACAGGAGAGAAGCAGGCCAGUUCAUCGCCAGUCAGAUCUCUCUGCCCCUGGCCUCUGCUCCAGGCUGCUCUGUGGUCAGUUAUUACAGAAGCCUCCUACAACAAGCUGCUCUCUGCGUCGACUGGGCAACUGAUCCUAGACCAGCCUCCAAGAGCCUCCUACAACAGGCCUCUGUCUGUAGAACUGAUCCUAGACCAGCUCCCCAGCCCAACUCUGACCCCAGUACAGCUCCUCUCUUGCUCCACCCCUCUCCUCUCCGCAGCUUCGACUCUACGCUGCCCUCUUGCGGCCGAUCCAUGUCACCACGUUGCACCAUAGCCUUCACCCCAACCCCGACCAACAUACACACGGCACCCUGGCAACGGUCUCCGGGGGUGAUCACAUCGUCUGCAGAACAGGAGGAAGAGGAGGGGGGGAGAGAGUAUAAAGGACACAGUAGGAACAGCAGCCAGGGGGAGGGAGGACACAGUGGGAACAGCAGCCAGGGGGAGGGAGGACACAGUGAGAACAGCUACCGGGAUUUUCUGUCCUCUUUCUGUGAAGGCUCUGACUCCCUUGUUCACCCCCAUGCCUCUCUCACGUGGACCGCUCCAACACAGCCUGGCCAUAUACGGACUGCGCCAUCCAGCCUCGGGAAGAGGGGUGUUUCAGACACGGAGGAGUACAGGUCAGUGUGUGAACAAACCUGUCGUUCUGACUUUGUGACCUGGGAAGACCUGCUCUUCUCUGAGUGUCUUGGGGAGAGUGUCUGUGAUCCUGCGGACACAGAGUCAAAGCCCACGUCACACACGACUCUACUGGACAUUAGUAAUGUUGGACAGCUCAGCCAUCGGUCACCCGGACACACAGCUGGCCUGGAGGAGGAGUAUAACUGUUCAGCAGACCUCUUCCAUUGUUCUCAGACCAGCAUCAACACACACACACCCAGCACGGACUCUCACACACCCAGCACGGACUCUCACACCCCCCGCACGGACUCUCACACCCCCCGCACGGACUCUCACACCCCCGCACGGACUCUCACACCCCCAGCACGGACUCUCACACACCCAGCACGGACUCUCACACACCCAGCACGGACUCUCACACACCCAGCACGGACUCUCACACACCCAGCACGGACUCUCACACACCCAGCACGGACUCUCACACACCCAGCACGGACUCUCACACCCCCUGCACGGACUCUCACACACCCAGCACGGACUCUCACACCCCCAGCACGGACUCUCACACCCCCUGCACGGACUCUCACACCCCCCGCACGGACUCUCACACCCCCAGCACGGACUCUCACACCCCCAGCACGGACUCUCACACCCCCAGCGUGGACACACACAUGGACACACCUUCAGAGUGUUGUGACUGUGUCCCUUUGUCCCAGUCCACCCCCAUCAUCAGGAAAACUUCUCCACCACAUACGCUGCAGAUCAGAACCCAGCGACACACACCCAGAAACACACACACACCUAAAGGACACACACACGCCAAGAGGCCCAGACCCCGGCAGCCAGAGCCCAGAGAUCGUGUACUAGCUCUGCAGUGGGGGAGGAGGACCCCCGGGGGGAGGAGGACCCCCGGGGGGAGGAGGACAGGUAGUGUGAGAGUAUGUGAUGACAACAGUGAGAUGGUGAUCUCUCCCACUCAAAGACCCUGGUGUUCCAGGAUGACAGACAGACAGCAGGCUGGGGGAGAACGAGAGAACAGAGGGAGGACCACAGGGGGAGAGAACAGAGGGAGGACCACAGGGGGAGAACGAGAGAACAGAGGGAGGACCACAGGGGGAGA